AUGGCGGCGUACUCGUAUGCAGUUGUGCAAAGUCUUAAAAAAACUUGCCUUCACGAGGUUGCUAAGCAUGUCAGAGAGCAUCAGAAUUCGUUGAAUUCCUUGCCUAUUGAGAUAAAGGAAAAGUUGGUAAAGCUGUUUGCAUUUAGAGGUCUUUUGAGUGACGAAAUUCUUCCAAAGAUUAUUGUACCAUCUAUAAGAGAGCUUGACCUAAGUGAGUCAGACCCUACRGACGAGGGAUUACGUUGCAUAACAUGUUGCAAAGGGCUAAAGAAACUCGACCUGAAUGCUGUCAAGGAACAUAGAGAAAAUAUUUCAACUGAAGGGAUUAUUGCAAUUGCAAACUCUUGUACCAAAYUGCAGACAGUUUAUCUACGGCGCUGUAUUAACAUUUCUGAUGAGGCUGUAAUUGCUCUUGCACAAAACUGUCCAUAUUUGCAGUACCUCAACAUUGCAAGUUGCAAUAUCACAGAUGAAUCUCUGAAACUCUUAGCAACAAACUCCAAGUUCCUUCAAAGUUUGAAUGUGUCAAAAACCAUGGUGACAGAUGAUGGUGUAAUCAGCUUAGCAAAUGGAUCCUGUGYAAGAUCACUUAAGGAACUCCAUGUUGCRCAUUGUAUAGAAGUGUCAGACGACUCCCUAGAAGCCAUACUUAUGCUUUGUCCACAAAUAGCUAUACUUAUCUUUCAUGGAUGCCCUCUUGUAACUGAGAGAAUACGUUAUGCAAUGGAGGAGGUUGCAGAGAGAGGAGGCAAACUAAAACAAGUAACUUGGACUAUUUAUUAGAGAAUCAAUYUUGACUUUUACUCACUGUCGGUAAAGUGUAUUCAUUGAAGAUUAUUUAUACAACAAAAAAAUGCACAAAGCUACAGACUGAUCUACUGUAAAGGAAUUUUUCACAAUUUUGAAAGCAAAGUUGAUCUUUUCAGAAUAUCAAAAUGAAUGCAGUUUACUAAACACGAUUGUAAUUACUAUUUACAUGUAUUUCAUGUGUAAAAUAAUAUAUUUGCCUGGUUUCUAUAUUUUAGAUAAAUUUUAAGGCGUAAACGUUUUGUGAAAAAUAUUUAUAGAAAGCAUGCCUAUUGUGUGUGGUAUGUAWUUGUGAAUAAAUUAUUGUCAUUUUAAAA